UACCGGCAGCAAUCGUUCGACCUCGGAGAACAUAAAUCGCAGUGCGUUGCCUGCAGCAGGCACAAAGAAGUCCUCUUCCAGGGCGUUCUUGCGGGUCCCGCGGUUUCAUCGGGCACAAAAUAAGUUUAUAAUAGAAGCACCGAAAGCGGCAUGGACGCCUUUUUCUCAGGCAAACGGGCGGUGGUCACGGGCGCUGCGCAAGGAAUGGGCGCACGGAUCGCCACUGAUUUGGCGAAGUUUGGGGCAACUGUUACUGCUGUAGACAUCAACGCAGCAAAGCUGACUGAACUACAGAAGCAAGUGAGCAACAUUAUUCCUGUGGCCGUAGACCUAUCCGACUGGGAGGCGACAAAGCGUGCUUUGGCCAACAUCGGCGACGUAGAUUUGCUCGUGAACAACGCUGGCAUCACCAAAUUAGAAGCGUUUGGAGAAAUUGAACCGGAUAGUAUUGACAAAAUUUUUGCAGUGAACUUCAAGGCCGCAGUGAACGUUUCGCAGAUAUGCGUGCGAUCCAUGAAAUCCCGAGGCGUGCCUGGUGCCGUGGUGAAUGUGUCGAGCCAGUCCUCACUAGUGGCGCUACCUGAGCACGCUGCGUACUGUGGCAGUAAGGCUGCCCUCGACAUGCUUACCAGAGUCAUGGCGCUCGAGCUGGGCCCAUACAAUAUUCGCGUGAAUUCGGUGAACCCGACCGUGACCAAGACAGCCAUGGGCGAGGCCGUUUGGAAGCAAUACCCUGAAAAGGCGGCCGCCAUGAAAGCCAAGAUCCCACUCGGCCGAUUUGCAGAGACAAAGGAAAUAUCAGAUGUGGUGCUGUUUCUUCUCAGCGAUAUGGCGUCCAUGGUAACAGGGGUCGUUCUGCCUAUCGACGGUGGCUACACAGCAGUCUGAAAAUGCAUUGUCUAUUAGAUAGCGUGCAUUCAGUAGACUGCAUGUGUGGAAUAAAAUUUUCCAGAGUGGGAAUGUAUUUUGCAGUCAUGACAAUAAAUACAACGUAAUAUGUUUU